AUGGCCACGCGAAGCGCCGCCCUCAAGCUCGACUGGACCAAGGUCACCAGCUCGCUGGGCCUUCGCGGCCAGACGGUCGCCUCCCUGCAGGCCUUCAAGAAGCGCAACGAGGACGCCCGCCGCAAGAUCGCCCAGCUGCAGGAGCAGGCCACGACGGUCGACUUCGCGCACUACCGCUCGACGCUCAAGAACCAGGCCGUCGUCGAGGAGAUCGAGAAGCGCUUCAAGGCCUUCAAGCCCGUCACCUACGAUGUCAGCCGCCAGCUCAAGGCCAUCGAGGCCUUCGAGGUCGAGGCCGUCAAGAACGCCGAGGCCACCAAGCAGGCCGUCGACCUGGAGCUCAAGGACCUGGCCGCCACGCUGAAGAACAUUGAGGAGGCCCGUCCGUUCGAGGACCUCACUGUGGACGAGGUUGCCGCCGCCGAGAAGUCGAUCGACGAGAAGACCACCCAGCUCAUCUCCAAGGGCCGCUGGAUGGUGCCGGGAUACAAGGAGAAGUUUGGCGACCUGGCCAUUGUGUAA